CCAAUCAGGGACAAUAAUGUCAACAAAAUCAGGGACAAAUCCAAAGAGAAUCAUGGACACGUUUAACAUAUUAGAUACGAUAAGGUGAAUUAAUUUACAUCUUUUGAAGUUAAAGAAUGCUAAAACCCUUAAUUAUUGCCACCAUUUACUAAGUGUAAUUCACCACCUUUCCUCCAAAAGUCAUCUGUUUUAGGAGGGAUUAAGAGGGAGAGAGCUAAAAAUUGAGUCAAAAUCAGGGACAGUUGAGAGGUAGAAUUUUGAGGGGGGGAAUAGGAGCAGAAGGCUGUGUCAGAACCAGCAACUUCGCCCGUAGCUGUUUGUAUUACGCAAUGAACUUCCACUCGGAGUCAGAAACAGAGUUUUGAGUUGUAAACGUAACUAUGUCUUCGGCCAUCCUUUUUCCGUUUUUGUAACCUUUCAGCGGUCAGCUAAUUACUCGGUGUAUACUUUACAUAGCAUCGGCAGGCUAAAGCAGACUUCUGAAACAUGGAAUACCGUAGGCCACAGUCGGGUCUAGUUCUACCUUCAUUUUCGGAGCUGUCGUACUCCUUUCUGUCAGCGAUCACUCUUGGCAACUUACUAGCUGCUUUGUGCAGCAUUCUGUUUGCUUGCUUCAUAAUCCAUUGCUGGAGAAUAUGGGUUGUAUUGAGUCAGAAUAUACCCCCUGGACCACGGCCAUGGCCGCUGUUUGGCUCUUUCAAGUUUUUCUUCCCGCGGGCUUAUCUACUGAAUAUGGAUCAGAAAUGUGUUUGCCCAUUCCGUUCGAGAAUGUCGGAGUUCUGCAAAGUGUACGGAAACGUGUAUAGUCUGUUUAUAGGAGCACGACCGGCCAUUGUGUUGAAUGGGUACGCAACUGUCAAGGAAGCACUAGUGAACUACGGUGAAGUGUUUUCUGACAGACCUAACAUUUCUCUGAUUAAUAUACUCACAGAGAGAAAAGGCAUUGUGUUUGCAUCCUAUGGUCCAGUGUGGAGAGAGCAGAGGCGAUUUGCUCAUUCUACCCUUCGACGCUUUGGCCUGGGAAAGCUUAGUUUGGAGUCCAAAAUUGUAGAAGAACUAAAGUAUGUAAAAGAAGAAAUGCUGAAACAUGGCAACAAAUCAUUUAACCCAAGAACUGCCAUCAGUGUUGCAGUGGCCAACAUUAUCUGCUCUAUGUGUUUUGGAAGGCGUUUUGACUAUGAAGAUAAGGAAUUAAAAACAAUGCUGAGCAUCACAUCUAGAGGACUGGUGCUGGGUUACAGCAGUAUGGUCUUGCUUGUGAAUGUCUGCUCUUGGCUCUACUAUCUACCAUUUGGGCCAUUUAAAGAGCUGAGACAAAUUUUUAAUGACCUAACUGCUUUUCUGAAAAAAAUCAUUGCACAGCACAGGUUCAGACUGGACCAAGAAAACCCACAAGACUUUAUUGACCUGUACCUAUUGGAAGUGGAUCAGCAGAAGGGUAAUGUGGAAAGUAACUUUAAUGAAAAUUAUCUUUUUUAUAUUAUUGCUGACCUCUUUGUAGCUGGCUCUGAUACUACAACCAACACUUUGCUGUGGAGCUUAUUGCAUAUGGCAGUUCACCAAGAUGUGCAGAAAAAGGUUCAGGAAGAAAUUGAUACGGUUGUAGGUCGUGGAAGGAUUCCUUCUCUGUCUGACAAGCCAAGUUUGCCUUUUCUAGAAGCAACAAUCAUGGAAGUCCAGCGAAUGUCUGUUGUUGUUCCAUUAUCUGUUCCUCACAUGGCAUCAAAAACCAGUAUGUUCCAGGGAUACACCAUUCCUAAGGGCAGUAUCAUAUUGCCAAACUUAUGGUCGUUGCACAGAGAUCCAACUCUGUGGGUGGAACCUAAUACGUUUAAUCCUUGCCGAUUCCUGGACGAAAACAGACAAAUCAUUAAAAAUGAAGCCUUCAUCCCUUUUGGAAUAGGUCAUCGUGUUUGUAUGGGGGAGCAGAUGGCGAAGAUGGAGCUUUUUUUAACGUUUGCCUAUCUCAUGCAGGCUUUUCAUUUUACACUACCUCCUGAUGCUGCAGUGCCAUCAAUGGAGGGACAACUUGGACUGAUAUUAGCACCUUUCCCUUUUGAAGUUUGCAUUUCAGAACGCUGUUAAUUGUUUAUAGGUUAUAAUAUAUUAUUUUUCCAGCCCAUGAUGGAUUACAGAAAUGAAAAAUGUAUAAAGCCUUAUUAACAAGCAUUUCUUUUUAUUACUCAGACUACUGCAGUGUGAAAAGUGCAGCUGUAACCUACGUCUUCUAAGGAGUGUUUGUACCUAAUUCGCUGUUUACAGAAUAAAGUUGCGUGUGUUGCUUAGUGCUA